AUGCACUACCUCCUGCUUUGUGCUCUCAUCUUCCUGCCUGAGACUCCUGCUUUUCCAGUACAACUCAGACAAGAAUCAUGGAUCAGCAUAGACCUGGAGAAAGUCAAGAGAUACCUUGAUACAUUCUUUCCAAUUUUGUCCAAAACACAAAACCUAAGCAUAGAAGAAAGGAUUAAAGAAAUGCAGAAGUUUUUCCACCUGACUGUAACUGGAAAAUUAGACAAAGAAACUGAAGAAAUAAUGACAAAGCCCAGAUGUGGUAUGCCUGAUGUAGCAGAAUACCAAACAUUUCCUGGAACUCCAAGAUGGGAAAAGAAACAUUUAACUUACAAGAUUCUCAGUUAUACACAAGACCUACCCAGAAGGAAAGUGGAUGAGGCAAUUAGAAGGGCCUUGAUGGUAUGGAGUGAUGUGACUCCACUGCAAUUCCGAAGAGUUGACAUGGGCCGGGCAGACAUUGAGAUUAGAUUUGCACGUCGUGAGCAUGGUGAUGGAUCUCCUUUUGAUGGAAGAGGUGGCACGCUGGCCCAUGCGUUUGCACCUGGAGAAGGGAUUGGUGGAGAUGCUCAUUUUGAUGAUGAUGAAAAAUGGUCAGAUGUCAAUCAAGAUGUCAAUUUGUUCCUCGUUGCUGCUCAUGAAUUUGGCCAUUCUUUGGGACUUGCUCAUUCCAAUGUCCGUGGAGCUCUGAUGUACCCACUCUACUCAUAUCAGAACCCACAAACCUUCAGACUUCCAGCAGAUGACAGGAGAGGAAUUCAGAAGUUAUACGGGAAAAAGCCAUCAAACUCUUGA